CAGUUGUGUAAGCAGUAAGUGGGAGGAGCCAGACUCCCUGCUGCCCUCCCUCACACUCAGUGCUGGGGCAGUUGUUUGCGCUCUGCCUGCGCUGCUGCACCAUGGCCGCCCGUGCCCGGGUCAUUAUCUGCCUGCUGAGGAACGACCUGCGGCUGCACGAUAACGAGGUUCUACACUGGGCGCACAGGAAUGCGGAUCAGAUCGUCCCGCUCUAUUGCUUCGAUCCGAGACAUUAUGGGGGGACUCAUUACUUCAAUUUCCCAAAGACGGGGCCCCACCGGUUAAAGUUCCUAUUGGAGAGCGUUCAGGAUCUGAGGAACACCCUGAAGGAAAGGGGAAGUAACCUCCUGCUACGGAGAGGGAAGCCAGAAGAGAUCAUUGCAGGUUUGGUGAAGCAGCUGGGCAAUGUGUCUGCCGUCACUCUGCACGAGGAGGCAACAAAAGAAGAGACAGAUGUUGAAAGCGCUGUGAGGCGAGUGUGCACUCAGCUUGGGGUACGGUACCAAACAUUUUGGGGAUCAACGCUGUAUCACCGGGAGGAUCUACCAUUCAGGCACAUCUCCAGCUUGCCCGACGUGUACACCCAGUUCAGGAAAGCAGCGGAGACGCAGGGGAAGGUGCGAUCGACUUUCCAGAUGCCGGAUAGGCUGAAGCCUCUGCCCAGCGGCCUGGAGGAAGGAAGCGUCCCAACGCACCAAGACUUUGACCAGCAAGACCCUCUGACCGACCCCAGAAGUGCCUUUCCCUGCUGCGGGGGAGAGACCCAGGCCUUGCAGAGACUGCACCAUUACUUCUGGGAGACGAAUCUUGUUGCUUCAUAUAAAGACACACGGAAUGGACUCAUAGGGAUCGAUUAUUCCACUAAGUUUGCUCCCUGGCUGGCGCUGGGCUGCAUAUCCCCCAGAUAUAUAUACGAGCAAAUCAGAAAGUAUGAAAAGGAACGAACAGCGAAUCAGAGCACAUACUGGGUGAUAUUUGAGCUCCUAUGGAGAGAUUACUUUCGCUUUGUGGCUUUGAAAUACGGCAGAAGGAUUUUCUUCCUUAGAGGUCUUCAGGAUAAAGAUGUUCCUUGGAAGAAGGACCCAAAGCUGUUUGAUGCCUGGAAAGAAGGCCGGACGGGGGUUCCUUUUGUGGAUGCCAACAUGCGGGAACUGGCAAUGACUGGGUUCAUGUCUAACAGAGGGCGCCAGAAUGUGGCCAGUUUUCUAACCAAGGAUCUCUGAAUUGACUGGAGACUGGGAGCAGAAUGGUUUGAGUACCUGCUGGUGGACUAUGACGUCUGCAGCAAUUACGGCAAUUGGUUAUACAGCGCCGGAAUCGGGAACGACCCGAGGGAAAACCGGAAGUUCAACAUGAUUAAACAAGGCCUGGAUUACGACGCCGGCGGUGAUUAUAUCCGGCUCUGGGUUCCUGAACUGCAGCAAAUAAAAGGCGGAGAUGCCCACACUCCCUGGGCACUAAGCACUGCCUCCCUGGCACAUAGCAACGUGUCGCUAGGGGAGACCUACCCCUAUCCCAUUGUGAUGGCCCCCGAGUGGAGCAGGCACAUUAAUCAGAAGCCGUCGGGAAGCUGGGAGACAUCGGCAAGAAGAGGAAAGGGACCUUCCCACACUCCCAAACAGCACAGGAACAGAGGAAUUGAUUUCUACUUCUCGCGGAACAAAAACGUCUGACAGUCGGGCCAAGAAGUGGUUAAUCUGUUACAAGGCACCUUCCAUGGUUAUCCUUGGUCACCCCAAAAACCCUUCGGCGCGUGGAGACACGGGAUGGGGCCAAUGGCUGAACUGUGAAGUUUGCGAAAUUCUUUGACAUAGUUUGUGUUUGGGUUACGGUUUCCCUGUAAAGUGUAAUAUAUUUAUUUUAUUUUGUAGUCCUCGCCUUCCUAGGGAGGGGAUCCCACAGUUUUCACUGAGUCUGACAAACGUAUUGUAUUGGGCACACACAGGGGCCCCUCAGUGCAGCAGUAUGUGGGGGCCCUGCCACAAGUAAAGGUGGCCCUGUAGCAUUUUCCACUAGGGAUGCACCAAAUCCAUUAUUUUUCUUUGCAUAUGAAAAUUAGGCUAUGGAAGGGUUAAAUAAAACCUUACGCGCACCCCUAGCCCCUGGCCCGAUGUCCUCCCCUGAACCAAGUAUGUGAAACGCGUCACGGGAAGACAUCGCCGGCCAGGGGAAGCGGCAAUAGGGUCGGGUCUGGGCCGCUGGGGCCCACCGGGUAUUUUCCCAGUGUCCCAGUCCGACCCUGGGGACAGCCCUCCUACCCCUGGUCUGGGUACCUCGUGGUUUUAUGAGAGCAGUCACAUAUAAUCAGAGCUGUGGUGUCGGAAGCCAUUUUGAGUAUCUGGAGUCGGAGGUACCAUAAGCCGAGUCUGAGCCAAAGGAUUUAUGUACCGACGUCGCAGCCCUGUAUAUAUAUUAUAUAUAUGUAAUUUAAAUUGAUUAAAGAGAUUUUGCCAUGA